AUGGCUGCUCACCGUCCUCUCGUAUUCUAUCUAGCAGUGCGAGGCUUGGGCUUCUUGGGCUCCAUAGGCUUACGACUACUCGGAUAUCGCCGUUAUCACUACGGUAGGGUGGGGUAUUGGUACAAGGGGGAUCCUACCUUAGACGAUAAGGAGGAAGUUUUGGUGUUUUUCCAUGGCCUAGGGAUUGGUGUCACCACAUACAUUCCCUUCCUACCAUCCUUCACUGCGAAGACCCACUUCCUAUUCGAGUUACCGUGGGUGUCGAUGGACCCAUGGGCCGAAGUGGUCCCAGCAGAGGAGUAUGCUCAUGGCGUUGAGUGUGCCCUACGAUAUCAUGGAGCCCUUGAGGGCCAACGGCGCCUUUGUCUAGCUGGCCAUUCCUUCGGUACCUUUACUAUAGCAUGGGUGAAGCACUACUGUCCAGAAGUGUACUCUCGCUCUCGAGUGGUCCUGAUAGACCCUGUUAGCAUCCAUCUCCAGCUACCAGAUGUUUGCGCUAACUUCCUGUAUAAGAAGCCUGAGAAACCCUUUGCAAAGUUUUUACGGUAUAUAGCGUCUCAAGAAGUUGGUAUCGCCUGUUGUCUAUUCCGCAACUUCUUCUGGAUGCAAUGCGUCAUGUUCCCCUCUGAGCUACCCCGAGGCUCAGCAGUGUUCCUGUCGGAGCAUGACCAUGUGGUGCCGGUGAAGGACGUCUAUGCGGAAUGCCAUUUCAAUGGGGUUACUACUGUUAUUUUGGAUGGUAUAGACCACGGGAAGAUAUUAGUACGAAGAGACUACAUGCGUAUGGUUGCCGAGGCUGUUAAUUCGAAGCCGCCUUCUACCCAUGAAUCUUUGCAGUGCGCACACUAACA